AUGUGGGUCCCCCCCACGGUGGGGGUUGGUGUUGCUGGGUCAGGCCCCGCCGGCUCCAUUGUCAGCCCGGUGCCGGCGGGGGGGACACAGCGGCCCUUCCAGUGCUUGGAAUGUGGGAAGAGCUUCAGGAAAAGCUCCAACCUGAUUAGACACCAGCACAUCCACACCGGGGAGUGGCCCUACAGGUGUGGGGAAUGUGGGAAGAGCUUCGGUGAUAACUCGGGCUUGAUCCAACACCAGCGCAUCCACACUGGGGAACGGCCCUACCCGUGUGGGGAAUGUGGGAAGAGCUUCAGCUGUAGCUCCCACCUCCUCACCCACCAGCAGAUCCACACGGGGGAACGACCCUACACGUGUAGGGAAUGUGGGAAGAGCUUCAGCUUCUGCUCCAACCUCCGCACCCACAAGCGCAUCCACACUGGGGAACGGCCUUAUUCUUGUAAGGAAUGUGGGAAGAGCUUCAGCCGAAACUCCCACCUCCUUUCCCACCAGCACAUCCACUCUGGGGAACUGCCCUACACAUGUGGGGAAUGUGGAAAGAGCUUCAGGAAGAGCUUCCACCUCCUCACCCACCAGCACACGCACACUGGGGAACGGCCCUACAAGUGUGGGGAAUGUGGGAAGAGCUUCAGGCAGAGCUCCAACCUGACCCAACACCAGCGCAUCCACAGUGGGGAACGGCCCUACAAGUGUGGGGAAUGUGGGAAGAGCUUCAGGCAGCAAUCCGGCCUGCUCACCCACCAGCGCAUCCACACUGGAGAACGGCCCUACAAGUGCUUGCAAUGUGGGAAGAGGUUUCCGACCAGCUCCAAUCUCCUCCUGCACGAGCGGACGCACACGGAUGAGAGGCCCUUCCGCUGCACCGACUGCGGGAAGGGCUUCAAGCAGAACUCCACCCUCGUCACCCACCGGCGCAUCCACACCGGGGAGAGGCCCUACAAGUGUGGGGAGUGUGGGAAGAGCUUCACCCACAGCUCUGCCUUGACCAGACACCAACGGACCCACCAGUAAGAGAAGCCCUACCAGUGCCCCGACUGCGGGAAGAGCUUUGGCUGCCGCUUCCACCCCGAAUGA